CGCCGCCCUUGCGGAGGGAGGAAACAGCUGGUGCAACGGCGGCGGCGGCGGCGAGAGCGGCUUCGCGAUCGGAGGGCAGCAGGCGAGCGCGGAGACCCAGGUGCGGAUGCCAGCGUGGCUGAGCAGCCCCGGAGGGGGACGCCAGGGGGAGGCAGGGGCGGGGGGCGACCCGGCUGGCCCCGGGGCAAGGAAACCCCCGCCAGGCCGUGGGGAGGGGGCUCCCGCCUCUCGUGGCCCAGGGGGGCCAGCCUGGGGCCGGAGGGGGGCACCAAGGUGCGGGCAGCCUUCCUGGGCGGCUCGGGGGUAGACUGCUCCUGCGCGUGGAGGCUCUGCCCUCCCUUCUGCAAGGAGGCUGCCUCGGGCUGAGCCCACCUCGCUCCGCGCUUCUAAUAAUAAGAAUACUGUGGUACCUCGGGUUACAGACGCUUCAGGUUACGGACGCUUCAGGUUGCAGACUCCGCUAACCCAGAAAUAGUACCUCGGGUUAAGAACUUUGCUUCAGGAUGAGAACAGAAAUCGUGCUCCAGCGGCAUGGCAGCAGCAGGAGGCCCCAUUAGCUAAAGUGGUGCUUCAGGUUAAGAACAGUUUCAGGUUAAGAACGGACCUCCAGAACGAAUUAAGUACUUAACCCGAGGUACCACUGUAAUAAUAAUUUAUUAUUUAUACCCCGCUCAUCUGGCUGGGUUUCCCCAGCCACCCUCGGCGGCUUCCAACAAAACACCAAAAUACAAUAACCUGUUAAACAUUAAAAGCUUCCCUAAACAGGGCUGCCUUCAGAUGUCUUCUAAAAGUCUGGUAGUGGUUGUUCUCUGGUGGGAGGGUGUUCCACAGGGCGGGCGCCACCACCGAGAAGGCCCUCUGCCUGGUUCUCUGUAGCUUUGCUUCUUGCAGUGAGGGAACCGCCAGAAGGCCCUCGGAGCUGGACCUCAGUGUGCGGGCAGAACGAUGGGGGUGGAGACGCUCCUUCAGGUAUACUGGACUGAGGCUGUUUAGGGCUUUCAAGGUCAGCACCAACACUUUGAACUGUGCUCGGAAACAUACUGGGAGCCAGUGUAGGUCUUUCAAGACCGGGGUUAUGUGGUCUCGGCAGCCGCUCCCAGUCCCCAGUCUAGCCGCCGCAUUCUGGAUUAGUUGUAGUUUCCGGGUCACCUUCAAAGGUAGCCCCACGUAGAGCGCAUUGCAGUAGUCCAAGCGGGAGAUAACCAGAGCAUGCACCACUCUGGCCAGACAGUCUGCAGGCAGGGAGGGUCUCAUCCUGCGUACCAGAUGGAGCUUCGUCUCCUGCCAGCUGGGGCCUUUGGCAUGCAUGACAGAUGCUUGCUGUCAGGAGUCUCUCUAGGUCAGCCUUUCUCAACCUUGGGUCCCCAGAUGUUUUGGGACUACAACUCCCAUCAUCCCUAGCUAGCAAGGCCACAGCUCAGGGAUGAUGGGAGUUGUAGUCCAACAACGUCUGGGGACCUGAGGUUGAGAAACACUGCUCUGGGUGCUUCUGUAUGGAGGAACCUAAGGGGAAGCCCAGAAGCAGCUUGCGAAGGCAGCAGCCCUGCCACCGUUUGCUCCCCAUCAGCGGCCACUGGCAGGUAGACUGCCUCGGAAUGAGGAGGCUCUAUCUGGCUGGCACAGCUUAAUGGGCUGCUUAUGCUUUCUACAUUUUUUAAAGCUAUGCAAGCCAGUGGCAUCACCUCCUGAGGCGCUAGAGCAGGCUUCCUCAACCUCUGCCCUCCAGAUGUUUUGAGACUACAAUUCCCAGCAUCCCUGACCACUGGCCCUGCUAGCUAGGGAUCAUGGGAGUUGUAGGCCAAAAACGUCUGGAGAGCUGAGGUUGAGGAAGCCUGUAUUAGAGACCCUGGUGUAAAUUAAUCUUGCGCUUGUUAGCCCUGCACCUAAUUGCUUAGCAAAACCUGUUUUUAAUUGUUUAUGAGAAGGGGAAAUGUUGGUCUCUGCAUACCCCACAUAUAUAUAUAAUUUUUACACAUCACUUGGGAAGACAGGUAAACUAAUGCCAGUUUCCUGGAAGAAGCAAAGAUCACCAGUGUCAAAGCGAUGAUUCUUCAACAUCAGCUUUGUUGGACUGGUCAUGUUGUUCAGAUGCCAGAUUAUUGUCUUCCAAAGCAACUACUCUAUUCCGAACUUAAAAAAUGGAAAGUGCAGUGCUGGUUGUCGACAAAAGAGGUUCAAAGACUCUCUCAAGGCAAAUUUUAAAAAAUGUAGUGUAAACACUGACAACUAGGAAACACUGGCCUGCGAGCGCUCCAGUUGGAGAACAGCCUUUACCAAAGGUAUCAUGGGCUUUGAAGACCCUCAAACUCAGGACGCAAGGGGAGAAAUGUGCUAAGAGGAAGGCACACUUGGCAAACCCUCACUGUGAUCAACUCCCGCCCAGAAACCAAUGUCCCCACUGUGGAAGGACAUGUGGAUCCAGAAUUGGCCUCCAUAGUCACUUACGGACUCAUUGUUAAAAAGACAAUCUUACUUGGCUAUGAGGGAUUGCCAAAGAAGAAGAAGACCCCACAUAACAUUUAAUUAUUUAAGCCUCUCUCCUUAAUGGUCUUUCUCUCCCCCCACCUUUAAAAAACCCCCUCAAAGGCUUUUUUCCUUCUCUUCUGACUUUUUGAAAUUUGAUCUCCCCGGCCACAAGGACCUUGGAGGAAGGAAGGGAAGGGCACUCAUGGGAGAAACAGAAGCAAAUAGCCAAGGAUCCUCUAGUGUGUCUAAUCAGUUCUCAGCUCUGGAGUGUGUAGGAAUAAAGGGAGUGUCGCAGAGCAUGGGCAGAGUGCCUUUCCAGCAGUUCAGGAUGCGAGUCUGUGUGCACAUUGCCUGGUGCUGAUUCUGCCCCAUCUGAAGGUGCAAGUCUGUGGGGUGAGGCCAUCUGCACUGCUGGGGGGGAAGAGGGGAGAGCUGGCAACCAGCCCGCGAUGGAGGAAAACAUGUUGGGGAAGAGAAGGCUUGGAGGGAAGGGGCUGUUCUCCCUCUUGCCCCCUACCCAAGCCUCACUUGCUUAUCAUAGGAUUGUAGAGUUGGAAGGGACCCCAGGGGUCAUCUAGUCCAACCCCUGGCAAUGCAGGAAUCUCAGCUAAAGCGUCCCUGACAGGCAACCGUCCAACUUCCCAUGGAGUCCACAACCUCCUGAGGGAGACCGUUCCACUGUCAAACUGCUCUUACUGUCAGAAAGUUCUUCCUGAUGUUGAGCCGGAAUCUCCUCCCUUGUAACUUGAAGCCAUGGGUUCGAGUCUUACCCCCCACCCCCCUGAAGCGGGAGAAAACAAGCUGGCUCCAUCUUUUUUAAAAUAUAUAUAUAUGUUGAAACUUAUUCAAAGUAAUAGAGAUAUAUAUACCCAUUAAAAAGUAUAUUUUUAUAAUAUACUGAGAUAACACAGCUACUUCAGCUAAAAAAGAGCAAACUCAGAAGGAAGAAAAUACAAGACAAGGAGAAAUCUAAGGAAGGAGAGAACAAGAGAGAAGGAAAAGAAAGAAAGAAAACUAAAACUGUAGAAUAAAAGGACUGUCUGCUCUCUGCAGCUACAUGUGAUAUUCACUCUUUAAAAUCCAACCAUUCUAUCUUCUAUAAGCCAGUAUUUUUUCGGUCUUCAGACCCAGAUAUUACAACUUUGUUUUCUUUCUUGCAAAAGGGCCGUAAGAAAUUUCAAAUCCUUAACAAAUGUUAGUAAUGGUUUUUUCUGCAAUUAAACAUGUCAGCUUAGCCGUCUCAAUUAAGUCCCAUAAUUUUAUCAGCCAUUCUUCUGUCGUGUGCAAGGCUGUGUCUUCCCAUCUCCUUCUUCCAUGGGGCAGCCCUUCAGAAGAUGGCUCUCAUCUCCUCUUCUGCAGGCUAAACAUCCCCGGCUCCCUCAACCGUUCCUCAUCAGGCUUGGGUUCCCAGACCUUGUAACAUCUUGGUUGCUCUCCUCUGCACCCCUUCCAGCUUGUCAAUAUCCUUCUUCAACUGGGAAGCCCAGAACUAGACACAGGACUCCAGGUGGGCUCUGACCAAGGCAGAAUCGAGUGGGACUAUCGCUUCCCUUCAUCUGGACAUUAGGCUUCUCUUGAGUCAUGGUCAGCUUGGGGUCUGCUAAGACCCCUGGUUCCUUUUCAUAAGCACUGUUGGCAAGCCAGGUGUCCCUUCUCCCCCCCACACUUAUAGGGAGGUCCUUUAGUCAGAAACCGGCUGCCCACCCCUUCUCCCUCUUGCAGCUGAUCUUUGGGAUGGGUGUGUGGAAGAGCCGCCCUGUUCUCACAACUCGAGUGUCACCGAUCUCAGGUUCCUCAGCUUGCAGGCACCUUGGAGUCCGUUUCAGGCUCGUAUUUCUCUUCUUGAAUGUUUCUUCUGGAACCUGGCGGAUGGUAACAGAUAUAACUUUGCAGCUGCAAGCAGCAUUUUCACUCCUGGCCAGUCCAAGUGAACUCUUUCCUGUCUGCCCUUUCAUAGCCAAAGCCCCUGUAAUUUCGCUUUCCAUUCGUCCCACGUUUGCUGCUUUUACCAAGUGUUGGGUCGGCGCCAGGGGCUCUUGCUUCUGGGGCACAAUCUCGAACUUUCCUGUGGAAGAAGCUGGUGGCAGUUGUGUGUCUUAAGGCAGACCUCAGGCUAUAACCAGCAAGAGCCACCAACUGCAGCCUGGCGGUCGGAGACCCAUACACUAUUCUGGGCAUAUAUAUUUUGAGUGCCACAAAUGAAAGGGGCUCGCUUUUGGUUACCCCACGCAUACUUUAUCCCCGCAGUGCAGGGGUGGAGCUGCUUUUGUUCAGUAACCGAGAGUCGGAAAUGCUUGCAGAUCGGCUGCAAAGGACCCGGUUGAGCCAGAUUCCUGCCCACUCCUGGCCUGAGGGGGCACACUGAACGGGCGGAAGUGUUGUGGCUUUGCAGCUUUCUUCCUCCUACCCCAGUGAGAUGCUGUUGGUGGCAGCGGAGGCCAUGCCACGCGGAGGCUGCCUCUGGGCCUCUGCCACCUGCCAGGCCCAGAGGAACUGACUGUUUACUCUGGCAAGCUCUGUUCGUAUUCCUUGAGGCGCCCACAGCCAAUGUGGGAACGGGCAAAAGGCGGCCUUGGCAGGGACUGUCUCCAUGCAGAGCCCAUUCAGCCUCGGAGUCUCUGGCAGGUGGGCGAAUGUGGGGCUUCCAGAGUGACCCCUGUAGCCAUGAGAACUAGAAGCUCCCUCAGGAAAGAUCUUUGGGAGGGCCCAGGGCUUAAAAGACUGCUGGGGGCGGAGGCCUUAUUUUGCAGCUCUGUUUGAAGCAGCCCCCCUGCUUUUUAAGUUUGUUUCUGACGAUUUUGAAAGGAGAGGGUGCUGUGCUUCCUCAGACAGCGCUGUCAGAUGUUUUCCCAAGUGUUUCCCGGUCUCUGAAUUUGGCAGGUGGGCAGGGAUCCUGUCAAUCAUGUGACAUAAUGAUGUCACAAGAUGAACAGGUGAAUUUGCCCGGUCCGCUUGUCAAAACUGUCUCAUGUGGAGGGCGCAGGGCGGAAUACGUUCAUUUAUUUACUUAUUCACGUGAUACCCUUGAAAUUUUCCUCCAGACAUGUGCCAGAUUCUUCCCAGCACUGUGGAAACCUGUUUGUUUGCAUUUAAACUACGCAUGAGCCGCACUUUCGUAUCACAAGAUGCCGGCAUGCGGAGUGAAAACCAUGGAACUGCUGGGGGGGCCCCCCUCCUGGCUGAUGGGGCGGCCUGCCCCAAAGGGCCCCCUCCCUUCUCCUUGCCCCUGGACCAGCGGCCAGUUUUUGCUUAGGCCGCUUAGAAGACCUGGGCUGGAUUGCUUGUAAGGCUGCCCCAGAUCCGCUCCAACUGCUUGCGAGGAGUCUGGCAAGUGCUGUGCGAUGCAGGAAACAACUUGGGAUUCAGGGCCUGCUUGCUGCAAGAUGGUCUCCAUGGAGCUCGGCUGCUGGCAGAGGAGCCCAAAGGCUCCUGGAGUUUGGCGAGGUUUUUGGCUCCCGUCUGGCAGCAGAAAUCCUGGGAGCCUCUCUGCACAAAGAGGGGCUUUGUUCCGGGGCGCUGAAAACGGCACCGCAGUCCAAGGCGGCUCUUGGUGUGGGUCAGUGUGUUUAGGUCCAGCGGUUGUAAAAAAACAGCCCAUCUCGGGCUGCAGGCCGCGCUGGAGGAGAACCUCCCUCCACUUCCCUGAAUCGUUUCCUUAAUGGAAGCUGCAACAAGGAAGUUGAGGCAUUUGUUGUUGGUAGAAUCAGAGUUGGAAGGGACUGCGAGGGUCAUCUUCUACAGGGCCGUCUUCAGCAGAUGCGGCGCUGGGGUGCAAAUAUCCGCUCAGCGCCCCCAAAUUACCACGGAUGGGGGGCGAAGCUGCGCACUGCCAGCCAUUGGGGGGGUGCAACUCUCCCCCAUGUUGCAGCAGGAGAGCAAUCCCUGCAGAGGCUUGGGAGGGAAGCUGCGUGCCCGCUGGCCAUAUGGUUGGCGGGGCGCAGCUGGCGGGCGUACAGGGAAAGGGGAGGCCACCAGCAAAGCCGUGAAGCUCCCCCACUCGCUGGGGUGCCCCUGAGAGCCUGGUGCCCUGGCGUGACGCACCACUAACCCACAUGGGAAAGAUGGUUCUGGAUCUAGUCCAACCCCCUGCAAUGCAAAAAUAUUUUGCCCAACAUGGGAUUAAGAGUCUCCUGCUCUACCCUAAUACAGUGGACGCUCGGGUUGCGAACGUGAUCCGUGCGGGAUGCACAUUUGCAACCCGCAGCGUUCACAACCUGCAGCAGCGAAUCUGCACAUGUGUGUGUUGCGAUUCAGUGCUUCUGCACAUGCGCAAAGCGCAAUUUACCGCUUCUGCACAUGUGCGACUGCCGAAACCUGAAAGUAAUCCGUUCCGGGUUUCGACGGUCCGUAACCUGAAGAAAUGCAACCUGAAGCGCCUGUAACCUGAGGUAUGACUGUAUAGUACAGUGGUACCUCAGGUUAAGUACUUAAUUCGUUCUGGAGGUCUGUUCUUAACCUGAAACUGUUUUUAACCUGAAGCACCACUUUAGCUAAUGGGGCCUCCUGCUGCUGCCGCACCGCCGGAGCACGAUUUCUGUUCUCAUCCUGAAGCAAAGUUCUUAACCCGAGGUACUAUUUCUGGGUUAGCGGAGUCUGUAACCUGAAGCGUAUGUAACCUGAAGCGUAUGUAACCCGAGGUACCACUGUAUGUUGUAAGGUGGCUUACAGAUACAAAUAGGAACAGCUCAAAGGAAGGGGGGGUCAUUAAAAAAUAAUUAAACAUAGCUAGAAUUAAAACCGUAGGUUGAUAUAGAGGAUCUAUUAAAACUAAUUACAAUAGCAACGGCAGGGUGCCAGCCCUUUCCUUAACAGCCUCAGCUCCCCAAAGCCUUCCCCUGCUGGAGGAAGGAGCGCAAAGAGAGAGGCAGACUUUGGUUCUUCUUUUGCCAGGGAUCCAGCAGAAAAGCAGGCGGAGAAACUGGAGCCGCCAAGUCCUGGCUCUCCCCUGCCUGGUUGGUUCCCAGCGAGGCUGGCCUGCUUUCCUGGCUGCAUCACGUGGCACCGCUGAGAUCACGCAGUGGAAGGAGCCGCGCUUGUGGCCAGUGACCCUCUGGCUGCCCUUCUGCGGCUGCCGGGCCUUGUGCAGCGGAGGGGGGGGGCAGGGGGCCCUUCUCUGACUCCGGCUGACCAGGCCAGGAGAGAGCCUGGCCUCCUCCUCUCCAUCUCCGGAUCGGCCAGCGCAUCCUUCCUGUGUGCGCCAGCCCUGCAUCUGCAGCUGGGGGGGGGGGGAAGCAUCCCAGUGCUUUCAGGAGGCGCCUCUUCAGGCCGACUUGUGGCCGGGGACGUGGAGCUGAGCCCCGGAUGCGGCAGAGGGCAAGAUUCCAGCAGGUUUGUCUCACGGCAGCUGCUCACGGUUGCCUUGCUCCUCUGCAAAGGUGGGAUGCUGCAGAUGGGGUGGUUACUGGACUUUUAGAAGGGAUCCGAAGGCAGCCCUGUUUAGGGAAGCUUUUCAUGUUUAAGAGAUUAUUGUAUUUUAAUAUUCUGUUGGAAGCCGCCCAGAGUGGCUGGGGAGACCCAGCCAGAUGGACGGGGUGUAAAUAAUAUUACAUUAUUUAUUAUUAUUAUUAUUAUUUAUUUCUGGGAUCCUGUUGCCUUGGAAGGAGCCCUUUUUGGGGCACCACUGGGUUUGCAGCGUGGUCCAGAUGUGUACACAAGAAGCUUUGAGGAUAAUGCUUGGGCGAUCUGAGUCGCGGCCAUAGCUGUCAACUUUUCCCUUUUCUUGCGACGAAUCCUAUUUGGAAUAAGGGAAUUUCCCUUUAAAAAAGGGAAACGUUGAUAGCUAUGGUCGUGGCUACUGGUCAAGAAAGGCUGCUCUCUGCAAUCAGUGGCUGGAGGGGUUUUUUGUUUUGCUAUGUUUGUGGGUUUCUCUCUCCGGCCGCUGCUCUCUGUCCUGGGCGCAGGGCAGGGCAGGAGGCAGCCGCAACUGGAUCCUGGAUCCUGGCACCUGAGCCUGGGAAACGAAACCAGAUUGCGCAGGUCAUUGGGUGGCAACUGCCUCUUACCGAGGGAGGGGGGCUCCUUAUACCACCACCCUGGGCCAGUCUCCCCCACCCCCCAGCCUCUGUUUUAUUAUAACUUCUAAACUGAGAUGUGUGGACAGUAGAUCCCACUGUAAAAUGUGUCAGUGGGAACUCUAGCAAAAAGCCUGAGUCUUGUUUUGUUUUUUAAAGCAGUGUUAAUUUGUGGGGGGGCUGUUCAGGAUGGUGGGGGGCUAGGCAUAUGGGACCCCCCUGCCUAUUGAUAUCAAUCAGGAGCUUGCACUGUACUUUUAAAGGCAAGGCUUGUUUGGACAGACUGACCUGGAUGCUUUAAUCUGCUCCCUUUUUAUUUGUGUCCCCCCCCCCUUUUGUAAACCACGUCGAGGUUUGUUUGUUUACAGUCAAGCAGUCUAUAAAUGUUAUAAAAUAAAUAAAUAUGCGGGGCAGGGGGCGGGGGCAGGCUUCAUAGGCACAGGGAAAGCAGAGCAAUUGCUCUUGGCCCUUCCUCCCUCCCUGCAGAAUUCUCUGCUCUUCUCUGAGGCUGAGCCAGGACAGGGAAUCGGGCCCCUUGAUUCCCAGGACACACAACCUGCCUGGUUCUGCCUGUGGGACUUUUUUUCCUUGCUCCCCCCCCCCAUGGCAUGGUUGCAGCAACCCACCCGCCGACCCCUGUCCUCCCUCUCCAUCACUGUACAGUUCCGGCCACCUCACCCCCAAAAUGGGUAUUGGUAGAACUUGAAAAGGUUCAGAGAAGGGCACCCAAGGGGACUGACAGGCGUGGAGUGACUUCCCAGUGAAAAAAGGUAGCGGGGUUUGGGACCUUUUAGUUUAGAGAAAAGGUGAGUCACGGGCAACAGGGCAGAAGUUUAAAAAAUGAUGGACUAUGUGGAUAGAGAAAAGUUUUUCUCCUUCUCUCAAAAACCCAGAACUUGUUUUUGGUUUCCCCCCCAAUUUUUUUAAAUUAAUUUUAUAACACAAAUAAACAAUACAAACAAUACAAACAAAUUCUUGUCUUAUCCUUAUUUUUUCUAAACAUUGUUAGGUGAGCUUCCCCAAGUCCCCCCAUCUGAUUUUCAUUUUACCUCAUCUUUAGCAGUUUCAUAUAUCAUAUUUUUUAACCAUUUUUUUAAUCACACUUACUUUUAGCAUAAAAAUCUUCACAUUUUAUCACUUACAAAUAAUAUUCUUUUAAAAUACACUAUCUUCUACUUCUAACCCUACAGGCUAUAUCCACUUCCAAAGCUAUUCUAAGAUUUAAAUAUUAACAUAUUUUUUCAAAUAUUCUUUAAACUUCUUCCAGUCUUCUUCCACCGCCUCUUCUCUCUGGUCUUGGAGUCUCCCGGUCAGUUCGGCAAGUUCCAUAUAGUCCAUCAUCUUCAUCUAAAACCCCAGAACUUGUGGACACCCAGUGAAGCGGAUGGUUGGAAGAUUUAUGAGAAACAAAAUUAAGUCCUCCUCCUCGCAGCACAUAGUUAACCUAUGGAACUCGCUGCCACAAGAGGCAGUGACAGCCACCAACUUGGAUGGCUGUAAAAGAGGAGGAUGAGGCAAAUUCAUGGGGAAGAGGCCUGUCGGAGGUGUCUAUCAGCCCCCAUGGCUUUGCUGUGCCUCUGCGGUGGGAGGCAGCAGUGCUUCUGAACGCCAGCAGGUGUGGAGAGUGCCUCUGGUGCUUUUGGGCUUCCCUUUGGGGCCUCUGUUUGGGCACUGCGAGGACAGGAUGUGGUCAGGAUGAGCCAUUCUUCUUAGGUCCUCUCUCUCUCUCUCUCUUUCUCCUCCAGGCCAGCCGUGAAGCAUGUCGAGUGACCCACCUCCACCCUACCCGGGGGGACCCUCUGCCCCACUCAUAGAAGAGAAGGAUGGCUACCCUUUCCCAGCAGGUAAGGGCAUGGGGAGGGAGAAGAGUGGGGAGCACUGCUUAGGCCAAGAAUCGCCUCCCCUUCUGCGUCCAGAGAGGAGCUUCCUGGAGACUUUCUUGGACAUCCUCCGGAGGCUGCUGGAAAGUUUUGGAUGGUCUUAUCCAGCUGAGAUUGAGCCGGGGGGGGGGGGGCUAUUCCUCGCACUCCCCGCAGUCCUGGAAAAGGGUUUGCCUUACUCUCCGCAGAUGCAGACAGUCCCCUUUCUUUUAAUUAAUUUUGGGUUGAUUUUCCCUUGUGUCGAAAUACACAGUUGCAAAACAUUUUGCUUCAUAUAAGCGUAUCAACAUAAAAACAAAAUUUUAAGCUGGUUCUCGAGGGGAUAUGGUCAUGAUUACAUGGCUUAACAAGCCGAAAAUGCAAGUUGGGCAGGUUGAGCAGCCUGCCCCUCUUUUGGUGCCCUUGUCCUCCUGCAGGCGCAGUCUCGCCCGCAAUGGUGCAGCCGCAAGGAGCCCCGCAGCCCCCGAUGGACAUCGGACCCCCGCCAUACGAACCUCCACCGCAGCCGGGGUUCAUCCCCCCGCACAUGGGCACCGAUGGCUCAGUGCCCUACAUGCCACCUGGUGAGUUGGGGGUGGGUGGGCAGAGGAGGGGGCGUGCAGGAGAACGACCCCUUGAUGGGUACACCUCCCUUGGUCAGGGCAGGUGUGUGUGUGUGUGUGAAGGUGUGUGUGUCCUGCUAUAAGGCAGCAUCUCAGGAGCUGCCUGGUGGCCAGGAGGGUGAGCAUCAUGGGCUGGCGGGUUGCCGAGAAGUGGGGGACCUGCAAAAGCAGAAGGCUCAGAGGCCGGGGAUUGGUGGCAGGAUGACAGUGAGUGGCCAGAGGGAGAAGAGGAAGCAAGAAGUGUGGGAAACAGAAAAGGCAACAGGGUUUAGUGAGUGGGAAGAGGCUGGGGCAGAGAGCAGUCCAGACGCAGAGGCAACAGUGGAGGCGGGAGAAGAGCAGCCAAGGGGCAGAGAGGAAUCAGGCUGCUGAAGAAUCCAGUGAGCCCCUCCUGCUACGACCAGCUCCCCUCCCUGGUCUCCAAGAGCACAAAGAGAGAUGAAAAGAGAAGAGCAGAGAUUGGUUGUGUGCAGGCGCAGUCUCCGAUUACUUGGGGGGGGGACCUGGAGAGGAGGGGAGUUGGGCAGCAGUGGGAAGGCGGAGACCUUCAGUCUUUGCCACUUCCUCAUAGGAGCAAGGCUGACUGGGAAGAGUUGCUGUGACUACUAGGCUUGCGCUGCUUUGGCUUCCUUGAAUAAAGCGUUAACUGUUGCUGUCCGUUCCCUGACUAAGGCUCCUGACAACAAGGCAGCUCCAUCCAGAAUGGCAGAGAAGGGAGUCUGCUGUUGACCGCAGGGUUCUUCCUUUUGAGCAAGGGCACUAGGUGUCCUGUUUGGAGUUGCAGGGAGGCGGGCAGCUAUGCUGGCACUGGUCCUGUGCCCAUCUGGGAGCAAGGGGUGCCCAUGCCCGGGGGGAGGCAGGCAGCGAGAGGGUCUCUCCUUUUUUAAGUGCCCCCCUUUUGUGUGCUUUCCUUCCAGGAGGCUACUACAUGCCCCCAGGACCACAUCCCCCCAUGGGCUACUACCCUCCGGCCGGCCCCUAUGCCCCUGCGGGGGGCCAGACGGCCACAGUGCUGGUGCCCUCGGGGGCCGCGGCCACCGUGACAGUCCUGCAGGGCGAGAUCUUCCAGGCUGCCCCCGUCCCGACCGUUUGCCCGCACUGCCAGCAGGCCAUCACCACCAAGAUCACGCACGAGAUCGGCCUCAUGAACUUCCUGCUGGGGUUCUUCUGCUGCUUUGUGGGGUAAGUGAGGGAGAGAGGCGGGCAGGCAGGGGCUGGGUCUCAUCCUGCGGCUCCUUCUCGCUCCCUUGCAGUUCUACGUCGCUUUCCAGAGUGGCUUAGAAAUAGCAAAUAACAGCAACGGAGUAGAACAUCGCAAGUACCACAUAAAUCAUACAGUAUAAUUAGCAAAUCCUCAGCCACACAGUUAUCAUGUGUAUGACACUAUUAGCAAAACCAGCAACUAAAAAAUAAGGUAGGCACUAUGAAGUUCGCCCACCCACCUCCAUGACUCAUAAUCUUUCGCUUUAUCCAGCGGUUCCCAAUUAGCUAAGUAUUGCAGAACAAGGUGUAUGAACAAGGUGGUCAUGCUAGUGUUUAAAGCCCUAAAUGACUCAGGCCCCAAAUACCUGAGGACCAGCUCCUUCCUCACAGACCCUCUCAGGUGCUCGAUGGGCAGAGGGGACCCUCUUGGUACUUCCUCCACCCUCCGUGGCCCCCGCUGAGCUGUGGGACUUUCUCCCCGCAGAGGCGCACCUGGUGCCUUCAAGGAACAGGUUUUCCUGCAUGCUGAAGUCGCUCCUCUUUUCGCCCUUUGACACGCGAUACCCAUAUAUUUCAGGAGCCACCCUAUUCUUGCGACUGCAAUUUGUUUUAAACCGUUCUAAUUGUGAUCUUCAAUUCUGGUCACCUGCCCUGGGCGCAUCAAUUCAAUUAAUAAUAAAAGGAAUAUAUUAGGAUAAUUAUUAACAUCUGCUGACCAUGUUUUUGUUUUCUCUCCCCGCCCCCCCAAUAAAUUUGCAAAUAAAGAAUAGGGGGGAAAGGAGGGCAGUUGUGAUGCCACUGCUUGUAGGUGUUUGAUCUGGCUGAAAUGGGAGAAGGCUGUGAGAGUUUGCAAUAAGCUCAGCAUCUGCCUUCUGUGCCAACUUUUAAAUGCCUGCUGAAAUCUUAUCUAUUCCUCCAGGCCUGGGCAGGCCAUUAAGAACACACCCUCCCACAAUGGUCUACUGCCGCCUGGUUUUUCUUUUGCUUUCAACAUGCUUCUAUUUUUUAGGAUUUUACUGUAUAAUACUAUGGCUCUUGCAUUGUUGUAUUUCUCCGACGCAGCGGUAUAGAUAUAUUUUUAUAACUGAGUUUUCCUGCUGGGGUCUGGCUAGCUGCUGCUCCCUGCAGGAGCAUGGAAAUGGGGCGUUUGGCUGGGGUUUUGACUGCGUGAGGAGGUGGGUGCGCCAUUGGCGCUGCUUGGGGUUUUCCAGCCUGCCUGUUGGCCUCACGGCGGGCACCUCCUCUCCCCCCUUCCAGGUGCGACUUGGGCUGCUGCCUGAUCCCCUGCCUGAUAGACGAGUUCAAGGACGUGACGCACACCUGCCCCAACUGCAAGGCCUACAUCUACACGUACAAGCGCAUGUGCUAGCAGUGCCCGCUGGGCCAGGAGAUGUCCACUCCCCUCCUCGCGCCACUGGCCCGACUCACCUGUGCCCAACGCUUCCCCCGCUUGUGUCUUCCCUCCUCCCUCCUGCGCAGAGAGCUUUGAAGGCCUCAGGACCGCGGGGUCCCUGGGGAAGCUGCAGGGCGGGCGCCACAACCGCCAGGCGGACGAGCCGUGGCCGGCCUCCUUUGCCCCCCUCCCCUUUCUCUCUCAUGUGCAUGUGGGGCUCCCUGCCUCCAGCACCUCUCGGUUAGGAUCUGGCCGCAUGAUUCCCACGGGCAUCCUGUUGGCCAGUGAGACCGGGAUGCUGGACUAGAGGGGCCACGGGCUGUCCUUACGCGCGAGGAAACCUCAUCCCUGUGGGGACCUCCCGGGAAGGGUGAGGAAGGGGGCCAAGACCUGGCAUGGUUGCUUUCUUGACCUCUCCUUGGAGUGGCAGGCAAGGUGCCGCAGACCUCCAUUGUCCCCACAGGCGCGGCAUGAAUCAUGGGGCAUGUUGGGUGGUUUUCUUUCAAAGCAAAACCUUGGCCGUUGAGCUUGGGGGGCGCCCCCCACUUUUCCUUUUGCACCCUGCCAAAAGCUGCUCUACUACUUUGGUCUGGGGCGGCAGAGGAGAGGGCAAGAGGAGCCAAGGUGUCCCCUGCCUGCUGCUGCUGCGUGACCCGUGCCAGGCUCAGGGGCAGCUGGGGGGAGGGCAGAUGGCAGCUUGGGCCCCUGAGGAAGUAGUCCCUUCCUCUUCUCAUUCCCCCGUGAGCUUCGCUGCCUCCGCAAGGCUCUUCUGUACCCUUUGCCCAGCUCCCUUCCCCCGUCAUUGGUGGUGGGGGGCUGUGCCCUGGGCCAUGUCCUUACGCCAGUCGUCUUUGCCCCUCCUUGGCAUAUCGAGGCCAAGAGGCGGCCCGGGAGGCCCCUGUAUCCAGACCCCUCUCCCCACAUGUAAAUACCUUGUCUAAUCGGAGUCUGCUUGUCCGAAUUCUGUUCUGUGAUGUGGUUUGUUUUCCCCCGUUUGUAUUAAAGCUCUUAACUGUGACUUAACAGAAAUGUGAAGGCCCUGUGCACACCUCCGUCCCCCCCACCCCCUUGGUUUUGCACUAAUUCCUCCAGAAAAGCCACGGCGUUGCAUGGGUGAGCAACAGGACAAAGCAGGGCCAAGAGGGCUUGUCCUGAGAUCCCACACAGAGGGGGCUCGUCCAUUGCCAAAUGCUCCGUUUCGAUGGCGGGUAUCACCUUAGUUUGGCAUGUGCCCCCCCCUCCUGAUGCUGUGGCCUCCCACCCCCUUAAGACACCAGUCCACGCCCUCUGGCGCCCUGCCCUGGGUGCCCUGUCCGUCCCAAGGGCUGCUGCAUAGGAAGACAUGAGGAAUGCAAAAAGGCUCUUGGCUCUGAACACUACGGAUGCAUCUGUGAAGUAUUUUGACCCAGCAGGGAGUUUCAUGCUCUUUCUCAGAGGCAACCUGUUGAUGCUUUUCCAUGUUUCUAUAUAAUUAAAAUACAGACCCACAAGACUCUC